ACAGAGAAAACAACAAAGCAAAGCCUUCAUACAACCAAGAGGAGUGUUUACCUACCACUGUGUGACUUACUAUCUGUGCCUGAGACAUAACCGACGGCUGUGCGGCAUAGUUUAUUUCUUGAGGUUUCAGCAAGGUUCACAGAUGAAAAAUAGCUAGCUAUAUCACAAAGGGGUGUUUAUAAGCCUUCGACUUAUCAUCGCACAAGGUUAAUAAUUCCUUGAUUCACUGUUCCACUCGUGAAGGUUUAUGAGGUCAGUACAGUCCUCUCACUUCACUGAUGGAUCCCUACCUGUCUUCGUCUUUCCUGACGCCCUGACAUUCUACCAGGAUGACCAGUCAUCACAUAAACAAGUUUUGACCGUCUACAAUCCAUAUGAAUUUACCCUUAAAUUCAAAGGUACAGUAUUAUGUACAGCUCCCGGUAGAUACCUAGUUGUUGAAGCAGAAGGAAUCAUCAAGCCAAGAUGCUGUGUGGACAUAGUAAUACGGCACACAGCAGUGAAGACUACAGAUCCUAACAUUCAGGAUAAGUUCAAGCUGCAUGUGUUUAAACAAGGCACCAAUAAACUUCUCGGCCAGAAAGAGGUGCUGUCCGUUUUGCUGCAUAGCAAGAGUGCACCACAGGUCAGUUGCAGAUACACAAAAAGGGGGCGUGGUAGGGAAAGGGGACUUGUUGUUCCUAGUAUGGCAGAAAGACCAAUUUUUUAAUAGGAAAGCAAAUGUGGACGG